AUUCACACGCACCCUUCACAAUCCUGCUUGGUGUCGUCGGUUGAUCUACAUACACGUUCUGGAUUUCAGCGCAUGGUUCCGGAGUCCUUUGCCGUUGUUUGCGCCCCAAAGUUCACUUCCAACUUUGGAAUUUUCCGCCUCACCGACCCCCCAGGCUUGCAAACAAUUUUGGACUGCAAUGUCAAGGAAGCCUUCCACCCGCACCCAGAAGUGCUGACCUACAUGGACGCAGACAAGGGGCACGUGCAAAUGAAAGACAUCCCACUGGAGAUCGUGGACUUGCGAUGA